CAGCCUGUCAAUUCGAAACCAAGCGAGGGAAAACAAACUGCUGCAACCGUCACCUUGAUGUCAUGCCUGUCCAUGUGCUCUCAGAGGGGGCGGGGCCAGGCGCCCAGGUACCGAAACACCUGAGCUGUGUUUCCAUCGCGCUCAUCAGCACCAGCACCAACUUCUCCGACAAAACUGUCAAGGGAAAAGUGUUGCGAAAAUGCCCGCUGGUGUCGUCAGCAUCUGGAGACUUUAUUUUAAAGAUUAUCAUCCAAGAAGAAGUUUCCCCGCCGGACGCCUCCCCUCAGAACCCGUCCAUCAACGUCAUUCUGUUCGGAGCGAUCGCCAAGGACUUCGAUGGAGCUGUCAAUCAAGGGGAUGUGGUGGUGGCUGCCGGCUUCACUGUGGGGAAAUCUCCCACGGUGCAAAAGGACAAACUGCACCCGUUUAACCUGCUGCUGAGGGGGGACAGCGCCUGCAUUUAUGUGUCUCCUCCUCCUCCUCCUGUCUCAAGAUCCUCUCCGGCAGCCAAGAGGAUCUCCUCGCUCUCCGCUGAGGUUUCCAGGAAGACAAAGGUUCCUAAAUAUACGUACGUGGGACUGGGAGACCUGACGGCUGGAUCUGUGGUGAACGUGUACGGAGUGGUGGUCUUCUUCAAGCAGCCGUUCAAGACCCGAGGCACAGAUUUCUGCUCCAGCCUGAAGAUCACCGAUCAGUCCAACGAGAAGAUCAGCUGCAGCAUCUUCUGCGAGAAGCUGGAGGACCAUCCCAAGAUCUACCAGAUCGGAGACAUCGUCCGCCUGCACAGAGUCAAGGUGCAGUUAUUCAACAGCUCCAUGACGCUGGUAAAAACGUUCGGUUUCUCCGUGAUGGCGUUUGACGGAGCGGUGGGGGGGUCGAUGGAGCCGCGGACCUCCAGCCGCUCCUUCAGCUUCGACCAGGAGGACCGGAAGAGGGUGGAGGAGCUGCGAUCCUGGGCUUCAGACCAGUCCCUCCUCCCCCCAUCUCCCACAAUGCCUCUGUGUGACGUCCAGCCCAAAGCGUACUUCGACCUGACCUGCCAGCUGCUGGCCAAAGCCCCCAUCGACUCCACCUGCACGCUGCUCAGGGUGUGGGACGGGACCAGGAGUGCUCACACUCUGCUGAAGGUGAUCGUGGAGCCUGACGCCACGGAGGGACCGUCCUCUUUCCCCCCGGAGAGAGAGAGGCUCAUCGCAAACAUCCUCGCCUACGACAACCACGUGGAGUACGCUCGGCAGCUGAAGCCCGGGGAGUUCCUGCGGAUCUACAACCUGCGAGCGAUCCCAGGAUCCAGCAAGGUGCCGGGCCUCACCAGCAGCCAGAAGGAGCUGGACCACCUGGCCUUCCACCUGCACGGAGGAAACGCCUUCGGGAGGGGCAUCCGGGUGCUUCCAGAAGACUGCCCCGACGUGCAGGAGAUGAAGAGAGUCAUGGAGGCGUGUCCAGAGGAUGAUGAAGACGAUUUCUCCGCUCUGAACGACUCAGAGUUGAUGGAGAUCUGGAGCACGCCGCCUGAGUCCAUCGAGCCAAGUCUUUUAAGGGCACAGAUACCAGAGUCUGCACGAGGAGAAGAUGCUGAAACAUCGGAGAGCAUCAACACAGACUGCAGCAGCUCCACAGAGAGACGCUGUGAUCACGACACACACUCGGUGUCUCUCUCCGAGGUGAAGCGCUCCGGUCCGGCUGGAGUUCAUCACGUCAGAGUCCAGCUGAAAUCCUACGAGCCUCAGAAACUCCACCAGUCUCUGAAGCUGUACUGCAGCAAGUGCUCUACACUGCAGGAAGUCCCAGAUGACGAGAUGUUGGCGGGUCUCUUCUCCGAGGCGUCACGAGACUCCGGCCCCUUCAGCCCCCCCGACUGGGCGGUCUCUGGGCAGGUCGACGUCCCCGGAAACCCCCCGGGAUCCAAGACACGAACUCUGGGAGUCCACCUGUCCACAGAGUUCAUGUACAAGCAGCUCCUCUUCCUCAUGGGUUCCUCUCUGGAGGAAACGUGUGUCCUCUCGUCCGGUUACCAGAACAUCGUCCCUGUGAGGUCGUCUGGAGGUCAACUGACUCUGCUCCACCCGUCUGCCCCGUUCCUGUUCAGAGGCACGAGGACAUACUACGGGUGUGAGCGAUGCUCUGAGGCUGCAGUGAGGGAACCUGUGUGUGCAGGAGGAGGCAGAAUACUGGAUGAGAAGAUCAUCGCAGAAGCUCUGGGCGUGGUCCCGCUGCGUUUCGUCCUCCUGAUGAAGCUCGAGCUGCGGGACGUUUCCGACUCGCUGCACGUCUUCCUGUGGAGAAGCGCCGAGGAGUUCUUCGGCGUGUCAGCGGAGGACGCGGCAGCCAAUCAGGAAGCUCAGGACAUAAUCAGCCAAUCAAUGGACUCCCUCUGUCCAGCAGGGGGCAGCACCGCUGAGCGGCCAUGGAUGGAUCUUUGUCUGACAAAGUACCAAAGUGUGGAUGACGAUGGUCUGAACCAAAUCUGCUACCAGAUCAGCCACAGCACCUUCACCCGCCCGUCAGCACCACCCAACCCGACCGUCAGCGCCUCCCAACGCUAACCCCGCCUGAUUUAAAGGCCGUCGUUAAAACCUGCUUAAAAAAAAAAAACUGUUCCUGUUUUAAUCUUUGUGUAUUUUACAUUAUCUGUGCUGUUUAUUUGUAUUUAUUGGAUUAAAUUGGAUACAUGUACAUAAAUGUUGCUGCAAAAAUGUGUAAAACUGACAUCUGACUGUUUUUUAAUGAAGUGUUUCAAUAAAGAGUAAUUUGCUUUUA